CGCAACGCCGCCCAACUCAAGACAGCUUGAACAAUACCCGGCCAGCCUUGCCUCUCCAAUAAUUUCCACAAUUGCACCUCCGUCGACGGUCAUCGGCAUUUCAACACGGCCAGAGUUAAGUUGGCUGUCUUGAACACACAUAAACGAGGGUCUUGGCAGCGGGCAAUCUCUCCGACGCAUCAUUCCUUUGACGUCAAGCUCAGCUAAGACUGGACUUGCACAAGAGCACCUUUCUCAGCAACUUGACUCUUAAAAGAGCCUGCGCCAACCCGGCCCCUUGCCCAAGAACCUGCUUCACCUACGUUCGAUUCUUCCUCCAUCAUUGAUGAGCGCCUGUGUUGUUAAUCACGCACCAUGAGGGUCAGGGGAGCUUUGCAGGCGGCAGCCUUGCUGGCGACAGCCCUCUGGGCGACACCCCUCACCGCGAAGAACGACCACCCGACUUUCCACGUGAAGGCUUUCGACAACCUACCCACGAAGCUCAACUACUUCCCCGACUCAGACGUUGUCCUCUUUCAAGACAAGGAUGACAACAAUGUCUACCGCUCUGCCGAUCACGGCGUCGAGUGGGAGCGCGUCGACGCCGUGCCCAAGGGCAAGGCCUGGCUGCUGUACAUGCAUCAGUUUGACUCGAGCCGCGCAUACAUCUUCACCGAGGGCACCACUCAUUUCCGGACCAGCGACCGCGGCAAGACAUGGGAAAAGUUCGAUUCCGGCGCCGAGAUGAGCAUGUUCCGUGGCGACAUCUUGCAAUUCCACGCCGCCGACCCUGAUCGCAUCCUUUUCAACGGCAUGAUUUGCGAGGGCAUUUUCUGCCAGGAAGUGGCUAUGUACACGACCGACGGCUUCAAGACGCCCGCAAAAGAGCUGCGCAGGAAUACCGAUGGCUGUUGGUGGGCCAAGUCUUCGGACUUGUUCACGACGGGAUCCGAGGAUUUAGACAAGAACCGCGUCCUGUGCAUCGUCAGGGACAGCUUCUCGCCCUUCAAGCAGGACCAGCGUCUCUUGGUCUCGGACAACUUCUUCAAACCUACCGAGGGCAGCAAGGACGUUCAAGAGUUUGAGCCGGAUCUCGACAUGAACAAGCCUGUGCAGGGGGUGGUCAACGUGGCCGUGGUAAAGAAGUACCUGCUUGUGGCGUCGAGCUCCGUCAACACGGACGAGAUGGCCCUCUUCGUCACGGACGACACCAAAAAGUGGCACCGCGCCGUCUUCCCAGCACCUCACGAGAGCCACGACCACCGCGUUUUGCAGGAAGCGUACACAGUGCUCGAGAGCACCAAUUACAGCAUUCAGAUAGACGUCAUGACGACUCGACCGUCAAACCCCAUGGGUAUCUUGUUCACGAGCAACUCGAACGGCACGUACUUCACCGAAAACAUCGAGCACACCAACCGCGACGAGCACGGCUACGUCGACUUCGAGAAGAUUACCGGUAUCCAGGGUAUAUUCCUGGUAAAUAAGGUUGAUAACUGGGAAGACGUGGAAAAGAAGCCGAACACCAAGAAGAAGGUCGUGACUGAGAUCACUUUUGACGAUGGCCGUACCUUCGAGUCCGUGACGGCUGACGGCAAGAGGAUCCACCUCCACUCGGUCACGCAGCUGAACAACGUCGGGCGUGUUUUCUCCAGCCCUGCGCCUGGCCUGGUCAUGGCUGUGGGCAACACGGGCGACUACCUCAAGGAUUACAAGGACGGCAAUCUCUACGUCUCAGAUGAUGCGGGUAGAACAUGGAGAAAAGCGUUGGACGGGCCGCACAAGUACGAAUUCGGAGACCAAGGGUCCAUCCUCGUCGCAGUGCGCGACUCGGAGGACGCCGAUAUCAGCGAGAUCAACUACUCACUCGACCACGGACUCACCUGGACCAAAGAGUCUCUGCCCGAUGGCCUCAAGAUCAAGCCCUAUAUCCUCACGACGACCCAGGAGUCGGCCAGCCUCAAGUUCCUCCUCAUCGGGGGGACGCAGAAGUCACCCCACUGGCAAGUCAUCUCGAUCAAUUUUGACGGCCUCCACGAGGCUGCCUGCACGGAAGACGACAUGGAACAAUGGUUUGCCCGUGUCGACAAAGAUGGGAAGCCGACCUGCCUGAUGGGCCACACCCAGAGCUUCCUCCGCCGCAAGAAGAAGUCCGAGUGCUUCCUGAAGCAAGAGUUCAAACACGCCAUGGCGAAAACGGAGGAUUGUGACUGCACUGACAAGGACUACGAAUGCGACUUCAACUUUGAGAGGGACGAUGACGGCAAGUGCGUCCGCAGGGGGCCUAUCAUCCCGCCAGACGGCGUCUGCCGCGAUGCUAAGCCGGAUGACACCUUCAAGGGCACGUCGGGAUACCGCAAGAUUGCUGGAAACACUUGCAAGCCGACCGAGGAGAUGGACAAAAAGUACGGGGACGUUGAAAGGAAGUGCUCCGAGAUCGGCGGCAAGCCUUCGGCGCCUGCGACGGACAGGAUUGAGCAGACUCAGAAGUCGUUCGAGGACGACUGGGAAGCGUGGGACAAGCAUUAUCUCGAACGGGGUGAUUCGAGCUCUAGCGAUGCGGAGACCAUCAUCAUGCGUGGACGGGGAAUGCACAAGGCCGGACCCAUCCAUAUCACCGACGACCAUGGCAAGAAGUGGCGCGUUCCGAAGGAGCUCGAUGACGAGAAAAUCGUGCAUAUCAUCCCACAUUUCUACUUCAAGGAUAUGGUUUUCUUUAUCACUACUGGGAAAAAGGUCAUCUACACCACCGACCGUGGGCGUUCCUUCCACCACUUCAAGGCGCCUGACGAGCCUUCUAGGGACGUAUUUCCCCUUGCUUUCCAUCCGGACAAGAAGCAUUGGCUGCUUUGGAUGGGCAGGAGGUGUGAUAGCGAUGAUGAUUGCUACGGAGUCGUCUCGUGGUCCAAGGACGGUGGUGACAAUUGGAGCACGGCCAGCCGAUAUGCGCGGCGCUGCGAGUUUACCGGGUCGGCCGCUUACAAGUAUCCGAACCGCAAGGAGGAUCAGAUACUCUGCCUCAAACACGAGAAGGAAAACAAAGGCAAGGAGAACCCCCUGGUCUUGAUCUCGACCAACGACUGGUUCGAUAAUGAAGAGAUUCACAGGAAGGACGUCAAGGGAUUUGCGACCAAGGCCGAGUUUAUCGUGGUCGCGACGGAAAAUACGUCCGAGAAGACACUGCAAGCCAGCGCGAGUUUGGACGGGACCACCUUUGCCGACGCCCAGUUCCCGCACGGCUUCGUGGUUCCACACCAACAUGCAUACACAGUUUUGGACAGUUCUACGCAUGCUGUCAACCUGUUCGUCGCCACCGAGCUUGCCGAAGGGCGCACGCACGGCACCAUUCUCAAGAGCAACUCCAACGGCACGUCGUACGUGGUAAGCGUGCGGAACGUCAACUGUGACGACGACUUUUAUGUCGACUUUGAGAAGAUGCUCGGGCUGGAAGGCGUCGCACUGGUGAACGUGGUCGCCAAUCCCGAUGAGAAGGGCAGCGCCCCCAAGAAGCUGCAGACCAAGAUUACUCACAAUGAUGGCGCUCAGUGGGCAUAUCUAGCCCCUCCUUCCGACGACGAGUUUGGCAAGUUCCCUUGCCAGCCGUCGCGCGGCGAUGAGAAGUGUGCGCUGCACAUCCACGGUUACACAGAGCGCAAGGACCACGGCAAGACGUACUCGUCUCGAAGCGCUGUCGGCAUCAUGUUUGGAUGGGGUAAUGUCGGCGACGCACUGGGGCCGCGGAAAGAUGCGGAUACGUUCAUGACCACCGAUGCUGGCAUAACCUGGAAGCGGGUCAAGCAAGGGCAGUGGACCUGGGCGAUUGGUGACCAGGGCGGCAUUAUCGUCCUCGUCCAGACCACCGCGGCGGGGCGGAAGAAGACCAAGUCUCUGUUCUACUCGCUCGACCAAGGCAAGACGUGGCAGGAGCAUGAGUUUUCGUCCGAGGAAGUCGAAGUCUGGGAUGUGACGACCUUGCGAUCCGGCGGCUCGCGGAACUUUUUGCUCUGGGGCAAGGAUGGCAAGGGCACCUUCACGCUGAAUUUGGACUUUUCCGGCUUCAGCGAGCGUGUCUGCAAGCACGACGACGACCCUGACAAAUCGGACUACUACAUCUGGUCGCCCAGCCACCCCCUGCAGGACAACGGCUGCCUGUUCGGCCACGUCUCGCAGUACCUGCGCAAGAAGGCGGACCGCAAGUGCUAUAACGACUUUACGUUGCAGGCCCUCUACGGCAAGCAGAACUGCACCUGCACCCGCGCCGACUUUGAAUGCGACUACAACUACCAACUGGACGACUUCGGCCAGUGCUCCCUGGUGCCGGGCCUCGCGCGGCCCGACCCGAUGGCGUGGUGCCGCGAACACCCGGACGCUAUCGAGUACCACGAGCCGACGGGCUACCGGCGCAUCCCGCUCACGACGUGCUUCGACGACGGCCACGCGCUCGACAAGGAGUCGCCGUCGCACGCGUGCCCGGGUCAUGAGGACGAGUACGGGCGCAAGCACGCCCCCUCGGGUGUCGUGCUCUUCUUUGCCGUCGUCGUGCCGUUUGCCCUGGCAGGCGCCGUGGGUUGGUACGUCUGGCGGAAUUGGAACGGCAAGUUCGGCCAGAUCCGGCUCGGCGACCAGGGGGGUUCCGUCUUUGAGGCGGACCGGCCGUGGGUCAAGUACCCACAAGGGAUAGCUUUGCUCGGGGCAGUGGGGAUUAUGCGAUUGUGGAUGAUGAUGAGGGGGAAUUGCUUGGGGAGGAUAGUGAUGAGGAGGUUUGAAAAGGGCGUUUGGGCUUGUAUCGAAGUUGGCUGUUGUGCCUUUCUUGUAUACGGUCUUGGAAUAUAGAUGGAUGGGACAUCAGUAGAGGUUGUGGUUUGCCUUCUACGAGGGGCGUGUGGUGAAAAAGUGUAUCGUGUAUAUUGAUCUCGGGUUCUGGAUAUUGCAUGGGUUGCUCUCACUCCAUGUUGUGUCCCUUACAGGCACUGUAAAGCGUUCAAAGAGUGGCUAAUAAGAUGGGAUCUGUGUAAGCCAAGCAG